CGCAGUGAAGGAGGGGUGGAGGCUCAGUGUUGUUGUUACUCAGCUCCUGCAGCAGCUCCGCCAUGGGGGUGAAACUCUACUACACCUCCGUCACCGCGUCCAGAGAGGUGAAAUCACAGCAGGCUGAAGUGAUGCGCGUUUUAGAGAGUAAGAGCAUCCAGUUUGAACUGAUUGACGUUUCUGUGGGCGGGGAUGUCCGGAAUGAGAUGAGAACGAAGUCGGGUAAACCUACAGCUGUCCCUCCUCAGAUUUUCAACGAUGAUCAGUACUGUGGGGACUAUGAAAUGUUUUCUGAGGCUGUAGAGGCAGAUGCAGUGGAGCAGUUUCUCAAGAUUGCAUGAGAGUCCUACCUGGUAGCAUCCGAUGCCUUUUUCCUGUGCUUUUGCUGCACCAUGAGUCCUAAAAGGAAGACCUGCGUCAUAUCCUCUACCCAAUGGCAAUGUCUACUGUUCUUUGUAUCUAUGCCAUUUUAAUAUGCCAAACACAUGUAUACCUGUCUGCCAUGCACCUGAAAGCAGAGUGCUCCACUGGAUUUGCCACAAUCAUUUUGAAAGUGGUUGGUCAUAUUUUCAGUAUUCAUUUGUGCAUGAAUUGGAUUAUUAUUAUUUUCCCUUCCCUACAUAGUUAAUUUCAUUACAUUCCUGGAAUCAGUGGAGCUCCAGAACAUGGAGUAAAUAAUAUCUUGAUUGCAAUCAGUUUAUACUUUAACUAAUCUACACUCAACAAAAAUCUGAUGAUCCAUGGACCAAAAUAUAUAUUCAGUUAUACAGUCUUAUUCUCUUUCUUUGUUUUAUCUGUUGGCCUUUAGUUUUUUUUUUUUUUGGACAAACCAAGUCAGCAUGACUUUGGUGGUUAGCAUGCUUAAGUUUAAUUGUAUGUCAUUUACUUAAAAAAAAAAAAAAAGUGGCUGCUGUUUGAUGUGGACCAGGUGAUUAUGACCCUCAGUACCACCAGUUGAUCUGAAAACGCUGUUUUGUCUGUAUAUGUGGCAAGAUAAAUGUUCCCAAGGUUCCUAGAAUGAAGGCAUUCCAUUGUAUUAAAUUGUGCCAAUAAAUGUCGAUGAAAAUGCAGUUUCCACAUGAAUAUUGUCCUCUUCUGAAACAUUGGCUUUGUUGGGGUUCGGCCUCGUAUUCCAGAAAAACCUAAUAAUCUACAAAGUCAGAAAUUGCAGUAUUUUAAAGUGAGAUGGCAGGAUGGUCUUCUGUUUUAUUUGUUUGUGACCCCUGAUGGCUGCUGUUCCCUUUAGUGUUGGAGCCGUUAACGGUUGCGGUGGAUCCAGAGGUGACGACAUUAAGGCUACGGCCAUACUACAUCUCGCGAUGGGUUAUCGAAGGAAAAUGAAGCGUUUUUGGUGGUGAUGUUUCCCUAAGCUUCAAGAAGUAUUCCCAAACCUAUCUGCGAGUUUCGCUGCUUUAGUUUGCCAAUGAAACAUCAAGUUUCAAUGUGUGCAGUUAAAUUUGUGAUGUUUUUGGCUACUCAUGAGGUAGACACACACCAAAAAACAACUCGUGAAGCUCGGUGAACAUUUUGCUCUUUAUUGUACGAUUGGUGGCAAUGGGACCAAUUUCUCAUCGCCAAGUAUUCGCAAACCCAUCGCCAGUUGUAGUGUGACCCAGGGCCUAAUGAUUUAAUGCAGUCACUCCACCUACUUGUAGAUUUCUGAACAGUGGGAGGAAACCCAUCGACCAUAACCAGAGCUCACGAGUGAGUUGGAGACCCUGGAGCUCAGAGGUGGCAGUGCUACACUCUGUGCCACUGUAUCCUCAUCGAUCCCAACAUACUUAAUGAAGAGUUUAAACAAAGUUCAUGCACUUGGUGUUUUUUAUAUUUGAAAGAUAAAGGUUUCUCUCAGAAACGUGCCACAAUUUCAUGCUCUUCCUAAAAGUAGUGCUUUACAGCACCAGACCAGUGGACACCAAAUGCACCUUAGCUGUUCUCAGGUAUGUCAUAAGCAACCGCAGCAGAGACUGAACCACACUGGCCUUUCCUGUAAUGACUGUGUAAUCUGUAGUCCUAAACUGAAAUAAACCCUUUACCUCGCUA